UGCCCUCCUGCUACCCUCUGGGCGCUGAGAACCCGGCAUCCGCGCGCGCUCCGCACCCAUGGAGAUCCCUGGGAGUCUGUGCAAGAAAGUCAAGCUGAGCAAUAACGCGCAAAACUGGGGAAUGCAGAGAGCAACUAAUGUCACCUAUCAAGCUCACCAUGUCAGCAGAAACAAGAGAGGUCAGGUGGUGGGGACCAGAGGUGGCUUUCGUGGUUGCACAGUUUGGCUAACAGGCUUGUCUGGGGCAGGGAAGACCACUGUGAGCAUGGCUUUGGAGGAGUACUUGGUUUGCCAUGGCAUCCCAUGCUACACUUUGGAUGGUGACAAUAUUCGUCAAGGUCUUAAUAAAAAUCUUGGCUUUAGUCCUGAAGACAGAGAAGAGAAUGUUCGGCGCAUUGCAGAAGUUGCUAAGCUGUUUGCAGAUGCUGGCUUAGUGUGUAUCACCAGUUUUAUAUCACCCUAUACUCAGGAUCGAAACAAUGCAAGGCAAAUCCAUGAGGGUGCAAGUUUACCCUUUUUUGAAGUCUUUGUUGAUGCUCCUCUGCAUGUCUGUGAACAGAGGGAUGUCAAAGGACUCUACAAGAAAGCACGAGCGGGAGAAAUUAAAGGUUUCACUGGAAUCGAUUCUGAAUAUGAAAAACCAGAAGCCCCUGAAUUGGUGCUGAAAACAGACUCCUGUGAUGUAAAUGACUGUGUCCAGCAAGUUGUGGAACUUCUACAGGAACGGGAUAUUGUACCUGUGGAUGCCUCUUAUGAAGUGAAAGAACUGUAUGUACCAGAAAAUAAACUUCAUCUGGCAAAAACAGAUGCAGAAACAUUACCAGCAUUGAAAAUAAAUAAAGUGGAUAUGCAGUGGGUACAGGUUCUGGCUGAAGGUUGGGCAACACCACUGAAUGGCUUCAUGAGAGAGAGGGAGUACUUACAGUGCCUUCAUUUUGAUUGUCUUCUGGAUGGGGGUGUCAUAAACUUGUCAGUGCCUAUAGUUCUGACAGCUACUCAAGAAGAGAAGGAGAGGCUGGAUGGAUGUACAGCAUUUGCUCUCAUGUAUGAGGGCCGCCGUGUGGCAAUUCUUCGCAAUCCAGAGUUCUUUGAGCACAGGAAAGAGGAGCGCUGUGCCCGACAGUGGGGCACAACAUGCAAGAGUCACCCAUAUAUUAAGAUGGUUAUGGAGCAGGGAGAUUGGCUGAUUGGAGGAGAUCUUCAAGUCUUGGACCGAAUUUAUUGGAAUGAUGGUCUUGAUCAAUAUCGUCUUACUCCUACUGAGCUCAAGCAGAAGUUUAAGGAUAUGAAUGCUGAUGCUGUCUUUGCAUUUCAAUUACGCAACCCAGUGCACAAUGGACAUGCUCUGUUAAUGCAGGACACUCAUAAGCAACUUCUAGAGAGGGGCUACCGGCGCCCCGUCCUCCUCCUUCACCCCCUUGGUGGCUGGACAAAGGAUGACGAUGUUCCUUUGAUGUGGCGUAUGAAGCAACAUGCCGCUGUGCUGGAGGAAGGAGUCCUGAAUCCUGAAAGCACAGUGGUGGCCAUCUUCCCAUCGCCCAUGAUGUAUGCUGGGCCGACUGAGGUGCAGUGGCAUUGCCGAGCAAGGAUGGUGGCAGGAGCCAAUUUUUACAUUGUUGGACGAGAUCCCGCUGGCAUGCCUCAUCCAGAAACAGGGAGGGAUCUUUAUGAACCAACCCAUGGUGCCAAAGUGCUGACAAUGGCCCCUGGCCUAAUCACCUUGGAAAUAGUUCCCUUCCGAGUUGCAGCUUACAACAAGAAGAAGAAGCGCAUGGACUACUAUGAUUCUGAACACCAUGAAGACUUUGAAUUUAUUUCAGGAACUCGAAUGCGCAAACUUGCCCGAGAAGGCCAGAAGCCUCCUGAAGGGUUCAUGGCGCCCAAGGCCUGGACCGUGCUGAUGGAAUACUACAAAUCCCUGGAGAAAGCCUAAGUGUUAACCCAGUUGCUCCACCUUUGAUGCUUCACCAACUCACAGAGGGGACCACAUAGUCGUCACUGUUGGCAUUUCUUUGUGGUUGUAUCUGUCUGGAUGUGCUUCCUAAAAACAGACCAAUUUCCUUAACUUGCGUCAGUUUUGGUCUGCCUUACAAGUUCUGUUUUGAACUAGUGUAACACACUGCUGGUUUUAAUGUAUCUUUUCCACUUGUAAUAGUUAAGAUUCCUAUAAUACAAUUUUAAAAUCUUGUCUUUUUAUAUUAUAUUUAUGCUCUGUCUCAUGAUUUUUUCAAGCUGUUAUAUUAGUUGUAACCAGUAUACACAUUGAUUCUCACUUUUCAUCCCUUUUAAACAAAAUCACUAAACAGUAAACAUGGCUUGAACUUGUUUUGGGAAUUUUACAAGAAGCGUAGCAAUUAGAAUUUUUUUUUUUUAUGUUGAAAAUUUAAACUGCCUCCUCUCUUACUUCCAAUCAGCUAUUGAUCUUUCAGCUGUUAUAGUCUAAAAUAUUCUUAUGAUCAUUGUAAACCCUCUAUUCAAUAAAAUUAAUUUUUUUUUGCUUCUUAUUGGA